CCGGUGUCUUCUUUUCGCCGUACAGUUUUUUUCUUCUGUGGUAGCGGUGCCGGCGUGGUUUGGUCCCUUCCACGACCUCGUCGGUCGUCUCGAGUGCCUGCCUCAUUGGGUGCUGAUUUUACCGAACCUCUAGCGGGGUACGGCAAAGUCCGACUCUAAUUCAACCCACCGCAGCCACUCUUGCCAAGGCGAGAAAUCACUCUUGGUUACGAGGACAACUGCUUGGUGCGCGACUUGCGCGUCCUUGUUACGUCGCUACCGCCACCAUUGCCGGCCUCUCGGAGCUUGCUGUGACAUGGUUCCUGUUUUCCCAGUGACAUUUUGCAGUGUGAUAUCGGAGCCCAUCGACUUCCACGUCCGUCGAGUGAGCGUGCAAUAGAUAACGUGGUGCCGAGUUUAGGGGAGCUGCUCGCGUAGUCUGGAGUAAGUGACGGUAACGAAGGAGUGGAUAGAUUCGAGUGUGUGGAAGAACUUGAGACGCGGAUGCAGUUCGACCAAAAGAUUGGCAGUGUCAUGGCCUGUAGUGUUGGGUGAUCCAGAGGGGUCUGCGACCGGGAACUCGCAGAGAGAGUUGUGCGCUUGGUGUUUGCGUGCGGGGGAGAGAGAGAGAGAGAGAGAGAGAGUUUAUGGCGUUGGCGGCGACGGCCCUUGGGUAGCUAGGGAAGUACAAGACGGAUGCACAUCUCGAUAUCCUGUUUUGUAUGCCCGUGUUUACGCGUGCAAGCUGAGCUUUGAUUGAGUACUGCACGCACGACAUACAGUCACUCACAGACACGGGGGGGGCGAGAGAGAGAGACAGAGAGAGAGAGAGAGAGAGAGAGAGAGAGAGAGAGAGAGAGAGAGAGAGAGAGAGAGAAGACUCGUGUGCAGGGGAACGACGACGGCGACGCGAACAAAUUUAGGCAGCGGAAGAGGAGGAAUUGCUGCAACUAAUCAAAGGUGGGGCUGGAGGGGGCUAUUACCAUGAGUGGGAGUGGGAGCCAGCCGCAGUUUCGGUACACGCAGCCGCCAUCGAAGGUGAUACACAUCCGGAAUCUCCCAUGGGAGUGUACGGAAGAGGAGCUCUUGGAACUUUGUAAGCCUUUUGGCAGAGUCGUUAAUACCAAGCUGAAUGUUGGCGCGAACCACAACCAAGCCUUCGUGGAGAUGGCGGACCUCAAUCAGGCCAUCGCCAUGGUGUCGUACUUUGCUUCGUCCUCCGAGCCAGCCCAGGUUAGGGGGAAAGCUGUUUAUCUUCAGUACUCCACGAGGCAAGAGAUUGUGACGAGCAAGAAUUCCGGUGACGUCGCCAGUAAUGUACUCCUGGUCACCAUCGAGGGAGUCGAGGAUGGCCAAGUGAGCAUCGAUGUUCUGCAUCUCGUAUUUUCUGCGUUUGGAUUUGUGCACAAGAUUGCAACGUUUGAAAAGAGUGCAGGAUUUCAGGAACCACAAAUGGGAGUUGAUCAGCACGGUCUUGCGGUGCGGACGAGUGAGCGACAGCGACGCAAAAAGGCACUCGUGCAGUUUGGCGAUGCGGCAACUGCAGCAUCAGCAAAAGCAGCGUUGGAGGGCAGAAGUAUACCGAGGUACCUUUUGCCAGAUAAUGCUGGGCCAUGCUCGCUAAGAAUUUCAUUUUCAGCUCACAAUGACUUGAAUGUCAAGUUUCAAAGUCAUAGGAGCAGGGAUUAUACAAACCCUUAUUUGCCUGUUGCUGCUUCAGCCACUGAUGGAGGUGCUCAGAAGAGGGAGCCAGAGAGCAACGUGCUCCUCGUAUCGAUUGAGAACAUGCAGUACGCUGUUACCAUAGAUGUUUUGCAUACGGUCUUCUCAGCUUUUGGUCCUGUGCAAAAGAUUGCUAUCUUCGAGAAAAGUGCAGGUUUUCAAGCCCUAGUGCAAUAUCCAGACAUUCCGACUGCUGUUCAAGCGAAGGAGUCCCUUGAGGGCCACUGCAUAUAUGACGGAGGAUUCUGCAAGCUCCGGCUCUCCUUUUCACGGCAUACAGACUUGAAUGUUAAGGUGAACAAUGAAAGGAGCCGCGACUACACAAAUCCAAACCUACCCUCCACGCCAACUGGACCCGGGCAGCGGACAAUGCCAACGACUCCAGUUUCCAUCGAUUCACCUCUGAUCGAUUCGACUCCUGUUUACACUCCUUCCUAUCAGCCCAGUCAGUACACGUCGCCGAUGCCUUUGACAGUUGAUGGCGUUGCACAGCCCGUAACUGGCUGGGACUAUGAACAGGCACACGCAAUCGCGGCCAAGGGUCAAGGACCGCCCGGGCCUCCACCUCCUGGCCCCUUGCAUUCUUAUGGAUCAGCAGGUAUGCCCCCUCCCCCACCUCUUCAUCUCCAGGGGGGCUUGACGGGAGGUCCUCCCCCCCAACAUCUUGGUCCUAACCUGGGCCCAGGUUUGAUGGCUCCACCGGGGCCUCCUGGACAUCUUGGACCGCCGCCCCCUCCCCCUCAUGGAAUGCCCUUGUAUGGCCCUCCAAUGCCACAAGGUCCUGGAAUGGGGAUGCCCACGAACGGUACCCCUAAUUAUGGUUAUAUGUGAUUUAGGUAGGCCGUUGUGUUUUGAAGGGGAAGUCCUUUUUAGACUGUGUGCGGAACCCUCUUUCUUUACGUGGGGCGUUUCUUUCCGUGACCGGCAUCUUCACGUGGAUGCUGGGACAAGAAAGUAGUGUAUCUUAUUCGGUGAUCUUCACGUUGUGUGUGUAGCCUGCAGCAGCAAUGACCUCGAUGAGUGACAUUCGGUAGUGUUUGAGGUAUAGCUGCUCUGCCGGUUAAUGUACAGACUGAGGCAGGGUAUAGGAUGGUUCAGCUCCUGGAGGCUCGAAGUUGUAAGGUGAGAGAAAUAUCUUUUUUCAUUCAUCAGGUUGCCUUUCGGGGAGUGGUCGGAUACAUAUGAACCCACUCUUACUUCACUCUUUUCUUCAAUUUUUUGCCUGCUAUAUUUUCAUAAGCAAUUGAAGGACUGUUUUGUCUUGAAACGACGACUUCCGCAAACGGUAUGUUGCUUUGAAAUGCUAUAUGCGAGAGGGGGAAGUGCAUCAUCAGUUUGCUUGUAAUGCUUGCGACUCCAACCUGUCUCGUCAAUGGUCAACGUAAUGACAGGUUUUACCUGUGUAUCCCUGUGCAGAUUUUUUUGAUUCACUGCCAUCCCAAGUCUCCUACCUCUUUUUAUGACACAGCUGUGAUGACCCCACAGCAAUAUCCGAAUCACAUUUUGAAAGGAUUGUGACGCCCAUUUUGCAAAUAUGUGCAUGGGGUCGGCUGCAGCCUUGUCGGGCUUGUGUUGCUUUCAUGCGCAAUUUUUCAAUUACAUACCUCCCUCUGCAGUUGUGCUGUGCCCAGCUUGAAAGUUGGCCAGUUGAAUAUGUGUCUUGCUCCUGCUGUCUGUUGUGAUGGUAGCCUUGAUUGCAUACUGAGCAGGGUUUUGAUGAUCUGACUCGCUGGCGAUGGCAGUUUUGGUCGACUGCCAGCCACUUGCAUCCAUGCGUCGCUAGGGUAAAAUACUUCACUGUGUUUACGGUUGGCAGGAAGAAGGACAUGCAAUGGAGGGAGGGAGGAUGGGGGGUUUAAGCAUCCAGCAGCAGGGGGUUCGAAUCUUUAUCCAUUUUUCCCAUGAUGCUGAAGUAAGUCCUGGGCAAGAAAUGCUUGGCGAGAAGACGACUUGUAAGUUGAACGCUAGGUCGCAUCCGGAUCAAGGUAGGCAUCGGUUGGGAGAUGAUUGAUAUUAAGUGCAGAAAGGAGGGUGUGUGUGCUUGUUCCUGACAAGCGGGAUUUCCUGAUUCAGCGUUUUGAUCAUCCUUGUACCACUGUGCUUGUGCGCAUACUGCAAAGUUGUUUCGGUGCUCUCAACUCUUGCGAAGGUUGAUCAGCGCUUGCCUUGGGAAUGUUUUUCCUUGUUCAUGCUCCAUCGUCAUUUAGUGAAAACGUUUUUCCAGAUCUUGGUUGCCGAUAAGCUCUAGAAGGGGUGAAAGGUCUUUUCUCCUGUAUGGUGUUGAUUGUGUUCUGCUCUGUUAUAAAGUCCAGUGCUGAUCAAGUUCGUAGGAGAUGAGCCGCAUCUCUUUUCUGUUAAUAACUGUGGUAUACUAAUGGCUUUUGCUUCGAUCGGUCCAGAUGCGUGUUAUCUUUCUCUGUCUCGUGCUUUUUUGCCUUUUUUAAUCAGCAUAAGUUUAGGAAUAAACAGGCUCUCUACUUGGUAGAGUUUUGUAAAGAUUCUCCCUCCCUUCCCCCUCUCCCCCCCCCCGAGCAAGGAAGUUUCAGGGCCAGGGCCAAACCUCUUUUCGUUAGAGCCUGCUCCAAAAAGUAAAGAGUGGAGGGUAAC